CCGACGGUUGACAUAUUUCUUCCCUGCUGCAAAGAGCCCACUGACGUUCCAGAGGAUUCGAUUCAGGCUGCCCUGGCUAUGGAUUAUCCCAAGCACCAGUUUCGAGUUUUGGUCCUGGAUGAUGGAGGGGACGAUCAGCUGAAACAAUACUGUGAGGUAUUGGAGCAUGUCGAGCCUCCGAGUGCUUCGGUCCGAUAUCUUCGUCGAGUAAAGAUUCCAGGAGUUCCACACAACUUCAAAUGCGGUAACCUUAACUACGGCCUGGAGCAUUCGGACGCAGAGUUCGUGGUGAUGAUGGACGCAGACAUGAUACUUCACCCAUCGUUCCUGAAGACUUUACUUCCUCAUAUCGUGAAAGACCCCAAAGUGUCAUUCGUACAGAUACCUCAGUCGUUUUACAACCUUCCGGUGGGAGAUCCUCUAAACGAUGCUUGCGGAUUUUGCUACGAGCGUCUCAUGAUUCACAGGGACACAUUUGGGGCCGCACCGUGCGUUGGAACUGGAGCAAUCUUCCGAAGGAAACAUCUGGACGAGAUUGGAGGCUUCCAGCCAAUGUCAAUCACAGAAGACACCACGACCGCAUUCAAGCUCUUCAACCAGGGCUUCAAGUCCGUCUACCUCAACCGCAAGCUUCAGAUUGGUCUUACACCGUGGACGUUUGAAGGAUAUAUCAAGCAGCGGCGGCGGUGGUGCCAGGGAGCUAUACAGCAAUUCUCUGCGACAUGGAGAGAGAUGCUUGGGCCAAAGAGCAGGCUUUCAUUCCUACUCAAGGUGUGGUACUUCUGGCACACUGGAUACUACUUCAUCCCAAUUUUCAACAUUGUAAUGGUCCUGCUCUUCAUAGUUCUCCUUGCCUUGAACUUGGACCUCAUUGUUGGCACCUUUCACGACAACCGACGCAUUCUUAUAAAUCUCUCAGCUCUUCUUAUCUGCUGGCGCCUGUCUUGGUUCUCAGUAUGGCUCGGUCUUCCCCAGCCAAUCCAAAGUCGCAACCGGGACGAGUCACAUUUCUGGUGGAUGACCCCCUACUUAUUCAAAACGAUAUACAAGUCGAUCUUUUCAUACUCUUCCACCUUUAUAUUCACUCCAACAAGCAACAUUGACCGUGCUGCGGCACAAGCCAAGCUCAAGAAACAACCAGCGGUGAUCAAGUUCCUUGGCAAGCUCAAGCACGUAAGGGUGCACAUUACCUACAUAUUCCUGGUUUUGGGUGUGGUUGGCUACAGGAUUUAUUGGAUAGCGGAGCAAGGUGGCAAAAACUGCCAGAAUAAUUUCUACGUGAUCACCAUAUCGUUUUUUCUACUUUCCACCUGUGCACACAUGCUCAUACCAAUUAUGUACAUCUUGUGCCCUCCUAGCUACAAACCUGGGGAACGCAAGUCAUUGCUUCAGUACAAGGAAGGAGUUCCACAAUUUUUGGAGGGAGACUAUCUCCCAAAGUGGCACUGGUCAAUAAUCUUUUACGAGGGGAUAUCUAACGUUGCUACGAGUAUCUUCUGGGUGGCGGCACUUGUCAUAAUCGUCACCAAAUCGGAUCGACGCUGGUGUAAGGCAGGUGCUAUAUAGUCAAUCAACACUUGCACUUCUUUAUUCAGUAAAGUGGCAAACUAGCCUGUUUAUCUACGUAUAGCGAGAGUUCCUUUUUGCAUUUGUGCCUUCUUCUCUGUAGUUCUGUUUUCUGUCCUAGCGAUCUCUUGAAGAUUGCUAGUGUGGUCAACAUUGGCAUGCAUAUAAGUUUCCUGAAAAGAGGCAUCAGAGUCAAAGUGAGUAUGGCGGUCUUGAAUACUAACCGAAGUCAAACUUGUAUUGCAAGACGAAGACAAGUUGUCGGUAGCAGAAAGAAGUAGAAUUGAACACGCUACUUGAUUCGCAAAAGCACAACUAUAUUCGAAGGGAUUUGAUCGACGUAAUAUGGUACACAACCAAUGUAAACCGGAAUACUUAGCUGGCUAUUACACAUGAUAUUUUGUUUUCGCUUGCACUUCUUAACAUGAUUACGAAAAAACUCUUCUCAGUGGAA